GAGGACAGGGUAAGGGAGCGAGUGAUCCAGGGGGAAGCUGAGGGAGGCACAGAGGCAGCGGCAAAAGAUUUGUUCUAGUGGAAGAGAGGCAGGAAAAUAGCCCGCGGCUGUUGCCUGACAUCCCAAAGCAAUGGGUUUGUUAGAUUGCUGUUCAAGAUGUCUUAUUGGGGCACCUUUUGCCUCACUGGUUGCCACUGGGUUGUGUUUCUUGGGGGUAGCACUCUUUUGUGGCUGUGGGCAUGAAGCACUUACUGGCACAGAGCACCUGAUCGAGACCUACUUCUCCAAAAACUAUCAGGAUUAUGAGUUUCUGAUCGAUGUGAUCCAUGACUUCCAAUAUGCCAUUUAUGGGGUUGCUGCUUUCUUUUUCCUCUUUGGAGCCCUCCUGCUGGCCGAAGGCUUUUACACCACCGGCGCUGUCAGGCAGAUCUUUGGCGACUACAAGACCACCAUCUGUGGCAAGGGCCUCAGCGCUACGGUAACAGGGGGCCACAAGGGGAGGGGUUCCAGAGGACACCGUCAAGCUCACUCUAUGGAGCUGGUGUGUCAUUGUUUGGGAAAAUGGCUAGGACAUCCCGACAAGUUUGUGGGCAUAACCUACGUCUUGGCCAUCAUCUGGCUCCUGGUCCUGGCCUGCUCUGCAGUCCCUGUCUACAUCUACUUUAGCACUUGGACAACAUGCAACUCCAUUGCAAAUCCCAGCAAGACUUCAGCCAGUAUUGGCAAUCUAUGCACUGAUGCCAGGAUGUAUGGUGUGCUGCCCUGGAAUGCCUCUCCAGGACGAGUGUGUGGCCAAAGCCUUCUUUCCAUCUGCAAGACAGCUGAGUUCCAGAUGACUUUCCACCUGUUCAUUGCAGCAUUUGUUGGGGCUGCAAUCACACUGGUGGCGCUGCUCACUUUCAUCAUUGCGGCCACCUACAACUUUGCGGUCCUGAAGCUCAUGGGCCGAGGCACAAAGUUCUAAACGACGAGGGAGUCGACGCUGCGUCUGCAAGAUGCCCUUCGUCCCCUAACGACAAGGCUUUAACCUGAUGCAGUCACAGUACGCCAAGCCUCCUACGCUAACUCUGCCGAUUUCCCUCCUCUUCCUCUAUGCUGUUUGACCCUGGGUGUGUGGCAAGGGAGAAGAGAUGCCCCCCCACUCCAGCA